UUUCAUAAAUUUACCUAGGUAGUUAAAUGUGUUAUAAUAUUUAAAUAUUUUACGAUAUAAUUACAGGUAUCUUAGUAGUCUAAAAAGGAUGGUCCGAAAUAGAGCUCGUCCUGAAGGCUCAAUUGCGGACGCUUAUAUUGUGAAAGAGUGUUUGACUUUUUGCUCAUUGUAUCUCCGUGGAAUAGAGACAAAAUAUAACAGAGAUGAAAGAAAUUAUGACGGGGAGGCACAUCCAAAUGCAACAAUUUCUGUUUUCAAAAGUAAAAUUCGAACUUUUGGAGAAACAGAUUUUUUAGAGAUGACCUCUCAACAAUAUAAUGAAUUGCAUUGGUUUGUCUUGAAUAAUUGUGCGGAGAUAGAAUUGUAUUUGAGGGAGCAUGAAGAAAAGUUGAAGCAAGAAAAUCCUAUUGGUUGGGAGGCUAGACAAAAAAAAGAGUUUGCUAAAUGGUUUGAUAAUCGAAUUAAAAAUUUAAGGAGUAUAAAAUCCCCUGAAGCUACAGAUGAAAUUCUUGCACUUGCAUCAGGACCUGAUUAUCGUCAUAGUAAAUGUAGUGGGUGUGUCGUGGAAGGAGUCAAGUAUCUAACUAGCAAAAGAGAUUCUAGACGAGUGACACAAAAUAGUGGAGUGUGUACAGAUUCUAUUCACAAAGGUAAAAUGAUCAAGUUUUACGGAGUCUUAGAAGAUGUGAUUGAGUUGAGCUAUGUUUGUGGUUACCGAUGUGUAUUAUUUAGUUGUAAAUGGUUUGAUUUGGAUCGCCAUAAAGCAGUAAAAAUAGAUGGUGAUCUUACCAGCAUAAAUGUGGGCAAGUUUUGGUACAAAAAUGAACCUUAUAUUUUAGCAAAUCAAGUAUCUCAGGUUUUCUAUGUUAGCGAUACAAAAUUAGGUGGGGAGUUGAAAGUUGUUCAACAUGUACAACAUCGACAUCUUUUUGACCCAUCACUCAUCCACUUUACCGAUGGAAAUGAACUUGACGUGAAUGAUGCAUAUCAACAAGAAACUUGUGUUCAUAUUGAGGUUGGAACUUCUACUCAAGAGGUUGGGUCGAUAGUUCGGAAUGAUGAAGCUCCUCUAGAGAUUGAAAUUGCUGAAAAGAUAAUUAUUCCACACACACAAAAUGAUAAAAACGAAGAAGAAGAUGAAGAAGAAGAAGACGACACCUUAGGUGAAUAUUGGACCAGUGAUGAUGAAGUUGCGUCUCACGCUAAUGUGGAUAGCGACUUGGAGUAGUGAAUAAAUACAGGGCGGAGAACACAUCUUAAGGACAUUCUUAAUGGUAUGCUUUCUUUUUGUUUUUUUUAACCCACACUUGACUAUGCCUUUGGUUUUGGAAAAAUAAAUGGAAAGCCUUCAAUCAAUUCUUGUUUCUACUAAGAUGGUUGUUCUGAAACUUACGUGCACUUGUGCUAAAGUCAUGGUACUGUACACUUGUGCUAUAGUCAUGGUACAUUGAAUGGUAAUUAUAUGAAAAUUGAGAUUAUUGGUUAUAUCUACCAGAAGGAGGAUUGAUAAGGUUCUAUCAAUUACUGUGAGUUUACUCACAUAUUUUAAUUGUUACAGGACAAAGAAACAUUUUGUUCUUUAAUAUAAAAUUCUAUAGAUAUUUAGUAGCAUUAAAUUGGAAACAUUUUCAUUUUAUUUUGAUAGAAAGUGUUGUCUUACAAAUCUCUACUCUUAGCCUUUUGUCAGUUGUACCUGACUCUAAUUUAAUUAGUUGUAUUUCCUAUGCUUCAAGUUUUUCCUAUGGUCGGUUAGCAUGUAUAUUUGAUGAGAUUGAUCUAUUAAUUUCUACCAUGAUUUAUAAAUAGCAUGUGAAAACUUAAAACUGCAUCAUAUAUGAUUUCCUGUAGCUUCUUUGUCGGAAUUGGUAUAGGGUCUGUGAUAUUACAUGGUGUAAUAAGAUUUA